AUGGAAGAUUCACAACCGUCUCUCGUUCAUGCAGGAAACAGCACAACAACCAUUCCUUUCGAUCUCAUCAUCGAGAUACUCUCACGACUUCCUGCGAAAUCGCUCUUUCGCUUCCAAACCGUGUCGAAGCUGUGUUUCUCUACCAUCCGCAACAAAUUUUUUGUCGACUUGUUCCUGACUAGGUCAAAGACUCGUCCUCGUCUCCUUCUCACGCUCUAUCUCACAGCUGCUGAGAAUCAAUUCAUCUUCUCGGCUCCUGAACCCACAGACGAUGAUAAAUCCUCCAGUUUCAGUGGUGUCAUGGCAAGAUACGAGAUGCCGAUCUCGGCUCCAGCCUACCACUUUCUCUAUGGUUGUGUCAACGGUAUUGUCUGCUUCAGAGGUGUUCGCUGUAAUACUAUCGCCGUUUAUAAUCCCACAACAAGACAAGUUGUGAAGUUGCCAGAUGUUAAAACCAACGGAAGAAUCAUGGAGGCAUAUCUUGGGUACGAUCCAGUCGAAGAUCAAUACAAGGUGUUGUGUGUGAUAAUGAGGUUCUGCUUUGGAAGCCAAGAUAUACCACAAGAGCAUUGGGUUUGCACUGUGAGUUCAUCUCGUGAGUGGAGAAAGAUGGAGAACCCGACCGAAGAUGAGGAUUACAGAAUUGCAUUCGGAGGGACAUGCAUUGAUGGUGCUGUAUACUACGCAGUUAAUCACGCAAGAAUAGUUAGAUUCGAUGUUCGAUCUGAGAAGAUUGAUUUUAUUAAAAUGCCCAAGGAGUACUCUAUCACAUAUGUGUCCAUUUUUACAAAUUACAAGGGAAAAUUGGGCUGUGUAGAUUAUUCUUGCAAAGAAAAUUGGAUGACGUUGUGGGUUCUUGAGGAUGCUGAGAGACAAGAAUGGUCAAGCAUGAAGUGUGGCUUACCUUCUAUGCGCGAAUAUUUACUUGGGGAUUUCGUAAUGACUCAGGGAAUGAAUCAUACAGGCGAGCUUAUGGUGUUUAAUCCAUUGUUCGAGUCAUCUAAGCCUUUUUAUGUUUGUUAUUAUGAUUUUAACAAAGAGAGUACAAGAAAAGUAGAGAUCCGAGGAUUGAAGGACGGCGAUUUCAGACGUAUCCAUCGGACUGAUGAUGAUCAUCAGAUGUUAUGUUAUCCAGGUCACAUUGAGAAUAUUAGGUUCUUGUAA